CCAAAAGCUAAAUUACAAACAAUAAAGAUGGCCCAAACAAUAAGUGGCCCAAACCCUAGAAGAAAAAACAGCAGCAGCAGCAUCAGCGAUUGCUGUUCAGUCCAGCGACGGAGCCACUAGCAGCAGCACGUCGUUCUACAGACUGCGACAACUACCGUCUUCAGCGACUUCGUCGACCAUCGUCGGCUUUUACACAUCGUCUUCAGCGACCUCUCCUUCUUUUUGUUCUUCUUCGUCAUCUUCUUCUCAUGCAAAAACAAACGUGUCCGAUUAUUUUCCGACCAAUCCCGCACCCGUAUAGUGUCGUGUCGACCCGGUUACUUCGCCCAAAAAGGGGGAUACGGGUAUCAUCAUAGCCUAAAAUCAAGCUCUUAUCUGCUCCAUCAAUGGCGGCCUCCCACAUUCUCUCUCAAUCCCCUUCUUUUCCCAAAUUCCUUAAUUGCCCAUCAAAGCCAACCCCAAACCCCUAUGUCCUAAACCCCAAUCUCCCCUUCAAACAUACCUCAAGGGCACUGAACCUAAGGGCAGUCCUGUCCCAAAACCCUGCAGAAACAACAGCCUCUGAGCCAAAAACCCAGAACUUUAGGCACUGUUUCACCAAAUCAGAUGAUGGAUAUUUGUACUGUGAGGGUCUUAGGGUGCAGGAUGUCAUGGAAACAGCAGUGGAGAGGAGUCCAUUUUAUCUUUACAGUAAGCCCCAAAUCAAUAGAAACUUUGAGGCUUAUAGGGAGGCUUUGGAGGGUUUAAAUUCGAUUAUUGGAUAUGCAAUUAAAGCCAACAAUAAUCUCAAGAUUUUGGAGCAUUUGAGGAUGUUGGGAUGUGGGGCAGUUUUGGUGAGUGGCAAUGAGCUUAGAUUGGCGCUAAAGGCUGGGUUCGAUCCCAAAAGGUGUAUCUUUAAUGGCAAUGGAAAGCUGUUAGAGGAUCUGGUACUUGCUGCUCACGAAAGUGUUUUCGUCAAUAUUGAUAGUGAAUUUGAUUUGGAUAAUAUUGUGUAUGCUGCAAGGAUUGCUGGGAAGAAGGUUAAUGUAUUGCUUCGGAUUAAUCCUGAUGUGGAUCCUCAGGUCCAUGCUUAUGUUGCCACUGGUAAUAAAAACUCCAAAUUUGGCAUUAGAAAUGAGAAGCUUCAAUGGUUUCUAGAUGCUGUGAAGGCACAUCCUGAUGAGCUGAAGCUUGUGGGGGCCCAUUGCCAUCUUGGUUCGACCAUCACCAAGGUUGACAUUUUUAGGGACGCUGCUGUCCUUAUGGUGAACUACAUUGAUCAAAUUCGGGACCAAGGCUUUGAAAUUGACUACUUAAACAUUGGAGGUGGGCUGGGGAUCGACUAUUAUCACACUGGUGCUGUCCUUCCAACUCCCAGAGAUCUAAUUGACACGGUACGGGAGCUGGUCUUGUCGCGAGAUCUUAAUCUCAUCAUUGAACCAGGGAGAUCACUAAUUGCAAAUACCUGUUGCCUGGUCAAUCGUGUAACUGGGGUCAAAACUAAUGGGACAAAAAAUUUUAUUGUCAUCGAUGGCAGCAUGUCAGAACUCAUCCGCCCGAGUCUUUAUGGUGCUUAUCAACAUAUAGAACUGGUUUCUCCUUCACCGCCUGAUGCUGAGAUUUCUACUUUUGAUGUGGUGGGGCCGGUCUGUGAGUCAGCGGAUUUCUUGGGAAAGGAUAGGGAGCUUCCAACUCCAGAAAGGGGAGCUGGCCUGGUUGUUCAUGACGCCGGUGCUUAUUGCAUGAGCAUGGCCUCAACUUACAAUCUCAAGAUGCGCCCACCGGAGUACUGGGUCAAAGAAGAUGGAUCAGUGACCAAGAUUCGACAUGGGGAGACAUUUCAAGACCACAUCAGAUACUUUGAAGAUCUUUAGACGCAUUUGUUCCAUAUGUUGAUGAUGUCCACCGUGGCAGCAGGGUAGAGAGAGGCUUGAAUUUUGAUAUGGCUUGUUCUGUAUUUGCCUUCCCUUGUUAUUAUGGAUCAGAGAUAUCGGAACACUGGAUAUCAUGAAUCAAAUCAGUUUAAGUGAUCUAGUUGUUGCUAUUGUUCA